CCCACUUACUUAAAACGGUGGGGAGAGAGAGAGAGGGUUAAUCCCCAAAUAAACCGACACGCAGCUUCACUCUCGUUGCUUUGAGGAGGUAAUAAAGUAUCCUCGCAUUUUUUUUGUUACCGAAAGAGGAUGGCCCAUAACAGCGGAGGAGAAGAAAAAUGUGGUCGAUAACAUUUUAGCCUGAGUGAUUUGACGACUGGUGGGGACAGGUGAUAUAACAACACAGUACAAUGUGAAUGGUUGAGGAACAUGAAGCCUGCACACAAACUACUGUUCGUCCUGUGUCCCAUGCUGGUCUUGGGGUUCAUCUACUACUCUUCUGGGAAGCUCCAUUUGCACGUAUGGGGCCAGAAGCCACAUAAAGAUGUGGAGCCCACAUUAAAAGUCAGUAAAGUCACUAGUGUUUCUGUCAAAACCACUGUGACCAAAGAGCCGGUGGUGGAGGGCCCUGUCUCCGUGGGACGAAUAGUAGGCUCAGGUACAGCCUCACUGCAAAGAGUGCACUCUGGUCAACAUGAGAACCCCAGCAGGCCUGUGUGUGAUAAGCAAGGGUUCUUGCUGAAUCUGGACACAAAGCUGCCUCCGGAGUUGGUGUACAAGUAUGGAAACCUUAGUGAAGGAGCCUGCAAACCCGCCUAUGCAGCAGCCAAAAUGAGUUCUAUCUAUCCAAAGUUUAGUAAGCCAGCUUCCAUGUUUCUGGACCGAAACUUUAAGCGACUUGCAAAAGUUACAAACUUUUUACCUCCAUUUGGAUUCAAAACACAAGAAAGAAUCAUAGAUGUUAUAUUAACUGCCACAAAGAAUUAUGGACUGGGUCCAGAUAUAGAUGGUUUGAGUUGUAAAAGAUGUAUAAUAGUAGGUAAUGGCGGUAUCCUUAGCAACAAGUCUUUAGGAUCCCGCAUCGAUGAAUAUGAUGUUGUGAUAAGACUCAACGAGGCCCCAGUGAGUGGUUACACCAGGGAUGUGGGUACUAAGACCACCCUGAGGAUAACCUAUCCCGAAGGGGCCAUCCAGAAGCCCGAGCGCUAUGAGAAAGAUUCCCUCUUUGUCUUUUCUGCUUUCAAACCUCUCGACUUUAAAUGGUUGAGACAGAUGGUCUUCAAAGAGAAACCGCAAGGAACAGAGGGCUUCUGGAAGUCUGUAGCACACUCUGUGCCCCGGCAACCCUCAGAGAUACGGAUCCUCAAUCCCUACUUCAUACAAGAGGCUGCCUUCCAGUUUAUUGGCCUUCCACAGAACAAUGGCCUCAUGGGAAAAGGGAACAUUCCAACGUUGGGCACCGUCGCCAUAACGAUGGCCCUUCAUAACUGCGAUGAGGUUGCUGUUGCAGGAUUUGGCUAUGACAUGAACACCCCUCAUGCGCCCUUGCACUACUACGAAACAGUCAAAAUGUCUGCCAUAAAAGAGUCAUGGACUCACAACAUCUCAAAAGAAAAGGAGUUUCUCCGCAAGUUGGUGAAGGCCAACAUUAUCACAGACUUAACCAAUGGGAUUUGAACCUCCCAAGGUGGGUGCCUUUCUAGGAGGACUCAAAAACACAGAGUCCUGAGAAACCCUGGACUAGACAACACGGAGGAGCGAGAUUUCAGAGGUGGGACCAAUGGCUGAGUUAAGAUGCACAUGUGCCUUCUAACCGACAGGCUUCCUCUGAGUGGGGCAUUGAAGGAUUCUUGAUUGUCUUGGGAGACAAUUCUUGUUCAAGUACAGAUGGAAGAUAUCAGAGACUUUGAGGUGACCAACACACACAGCGCUUGAGGAACAAGUCGCAACAUUAACUGAUUGUGCCAAAUGUACCUCUUUCAGUGGAGAUGCCUCUCCUCUCCUGCCUGAAUGUAUUAACGGUGUAAAUAUGAAAGAUUUUUACGGUG